UGCUGGGAUUGAAGGUGUGCACCACUGCUGCUCGGCUGCACAAUGAUGGGGAUUGGAUUUAGGGCUUGGUACAUGCUAGGCAGGCACUCUGUCAACUGAGCUGUGUCCCAGCCCCAUGAGCCGUUUUAAAGGUUCCAGAAAUUCCAGAACUGGAGUUGUGUACACAGGAAGGGUCUGACAAGGGUCCUGAAGAAGUUGGACUGGAUGAACCAGGAGAAAGGAAGGCUGAAGAGUGUUUGUACUCAGAUUUCUGCAAAGAGGAUUUCCAGCAAAUGAAACAGCAGAAACGGGUAUUUCAGCAGACUGUCUGGAGGUUAUAGACAGUGAGCAAGCUGAGAUCCCACUGUUUGGGGAGAAACUGCUUUUUCCUCUUAGCCUUCUAAUAUGGUGCCUUAUUGAUUGAGUCCUGAGCGUCAGUGGCUUCUCCUGAUACCAUGCCAUAGGAAUUUCCUGCCUCGGGGAACCCUGGCUUCCUUCAGAGGAUUUAUAGUCACUGAUGCAAGUGAGAGAGGCAAGAGGGGAAACGGAGCAGUGGGUCCCGCCUUAGGAGUGCUCAUUAGAAAUGGCCUGUACAGGCUGAUUCAGCCUGAUAGGUUAAGAAGGUGCCCAGGAAACCAGGUCUUGGAACAGAAUACUUGGUUGCUCUGCCCUUCUGACCUGCACUGCAUGCAGUCUGUGCAUGCCCAGCAGGAGGCCCCUGAUUGAGCCCUGCUGUGUUUGUCUUGUGAUGAGCGCAUGCCUGCUCGGCAGCCCUAGCCGACUCUGGACUCCUGAGAGAACUGAACCGGCCUGAGAGCAUUUACACUGCCUCCCGUGGAGGACUUAGUGAAUUGAACAGAGAUAACUGUGGCCCAGGAGGCACCAUGGAGUAAAGACCGCUGAGCUGCUGUGUGGCUCCAGGCUGGUUACAUUUGAACUGUUAUACAGUCGUCAAUUUGCUCACUGACCAGAAAUUUUUGUUGUUGUUUUAUGGUUUGUACGACUAGGGUUAGCAGCCCAGAUUCAAGCAGGUCCUGCAGCUUUCUGGGUUCUCUGGGAAACCGUUCAGGCGGCUGUCUUCCUGGGUUAGCUAAUGGCCAAAGAGGACUCUGAUCUUUGCCCUGUUCCCGACUUUUAGACUCCUUUCCCUGGAGAGUGGGGAGGUAGUUGGGAAUGCCCUGUAGUGUGAGGUCCCUGCCUGCACUCUUCUCCACACUUUCUUCCAAUGUAGACUAGGAAAAAUAGAAAUUAUGGUGGGGGGGCAGGCGGGAGGUAACAGGCAGCGAAGUUGUAAGGCGACUCACAGUGGGGAUGAAAGGACAAAGGUGGUUGCUUCUUCAGAGGGACCAGGAGCAUUCCAGUCUCCGUGUGACAUCCUAUUAGCCAUGUAGGCCUUCAGCUGUGCCAGGUGGAUGGGCUGUCUGCAGCAUCCUAAGCGUACCCAGGCAAGUAAAACAGAAUGAUCCGUGUUCAGGGCUCUGAGGCCAAGACCUAUGCAGAGACAAAAUUCAGAAUGGACAGUCGUACAAGCUGAGUAGGGGCUGAGUGAUCUAGCUUUGUCAUGUGGUGAGGAAUGACUUCGGAAGAAGAACUCUGAGUUGGAAAGACUGGUCAAAGACAGAAGUGCAGAGGGGCUGCUCUGGGUUGCGGGUGGACAGAGCCAGGCAAUCUAGGCUUUGCUGAGGUCUUCAGGCACAAUGGAGGACAAGCGAAACAUCCAGAUCAUCGAGUGGGAACACCUGGACAAGAAGAAGUUCUACGUGUUUGGUGUGGCAAUGACGAUGAUGAUCCGCGUUAGUGUGUACCCGUUCACCCUCAUUCGCACCCGGCUGCAGGUUCAGAAGGGCAAGAGCCUCUACCAUGGGACCUUUGAUGCCUUUGUCAAGAUCUUGCGAGCAGAUGGAGUGGCUGGCCUCUACCGGGGCUUCAUGGUCAACACCUUCACACUCAUCUCUGGCCAAUGCUAUGUCACCACUUACGAGCUUACCCGGAAAUUUGUCGCUGACUACAGCCAGAGUAACACAGUCAAAUCACUGGUAGCUGGCGGCUCGGCCUCCCUCGUGGCCCAGAGCAUUACAGUGCCCAUAGAUGUUGUCUCUCAGCACCUCAUGAUGCAACGCAAGGGCGAGAAAAUGGGUCGCUUCCAAGUUCCUGGGAACCUAGAGGGACAAGGGCUCAUUGCCUUUGGCCAAACUAAGGACAUCAUCAGACAGAUCCUGCGGGCUGACGGGCUUCGAGGCUUCUACCGAGGCUAUGUGGCCUCACUGCUAACAUACAUCCCCAACAGUGCUGUGUGGUGGCCUUUUUAUCACUUCUAUGCAGAGCAGCUGUCGCGCCUGUGUCCUCAGGAGUGCCCUCACAUUGUCUUCCAAGCCGUCUCUGGGCCCCUGGCUGCAGCCACUGCCUCCGUCCUCACCAACCCUAUGGAUGUCAUCCGAACCCGUGUGCAGGUUGAAGGCAAGAGCUCCAUCAUCCUGACCUUCAGACAGCUGAUGGCAGAAGAGGGGCCUUGGGGCCUCAUGAAAGGCCUCUCUGCCCGAAUCAUCUCAGCUACACCCUCCACUAUUGUCAUUGUGGUGGGCUACGAGAGCCUCAAGAAACUCAGCCUCCGACCUGAGCUGGUGGACUCAAGACACUGGUAGCCAAUGGCGGACAGAAAGGCUGUGGUUUCACACAUUCUUAUGGGCCAGGGUAGAGCAGGGAGGAUAGUACCCCUGUGAAUGCCACCACGACACACCCAUCCUGCUUCUGGCCCACUGACCUCUCUGGGACAAGACAAGAAACUUUGGACUGCUCUUGCUGAGGAGGUUCUGUGCUGGCUUCCCUGUUCCCAGAUCUGGGCCCCUCACUAGGUCCUCGUACUCAGUCACGGCCUGAAGAUCGACCUCCACAGGACCCUGCUGGCCCCUCACUGAUGCCCCUUUCUCUGUGUCCUCCCCUCAGGCCUGGAGGAGAGCUGCUAUAGAGUUUGCUUGUCACCCUGCUUUUCCAUUGGGAGACUUUAAGUCCUGACAGCAUCAAGCCUACUGUCAGAAGCCACUCCUCAGAGAAGUGGGAAACUGUGACGUCGAUCCCAAUUCUUUAUCCCUUUAUUUCUUAUGCUUGCUUAAAUUUGGUACCGAGUUGUCCACUGGACUACUCUGCUUUGCCCUGCCUUUUGGGGACAAAUGGGAGCAGGGCGUUUGUCUUCUCUGGGAGCUACUAAGAGGGAGAAACGCCAAGGCUUCAUUUGGGUUGCAUAGUUGAACAUCUGUGAAGCAGGCAACUAGUCCUGACAGCACCAGGCCUACUGUCAGAAGCCACUCCUCGGAAAAGUGGGAAACUGUGAUGUCGAUCCCAAUUCUUUAUCCCUUCCCUUUCCUUUUAGGCCUGGGACCCCGAAGACAAGAAUGGGCUGUUGGUCUCCACUGGCCCAGGGGACUACAGUGGAGGGCCCAGUCCUAAGUGGAUCAAACUUACACUGGAACAUUUCCCUGAAGCCAGGUUGAGAAAGCCACUGGCUUGGAAAGUAAUGAGAGGUGUGUGUUCCUCACUGUUCUCUCCUCAGGCCAGCUGAGCUGAGCCCUGGAGGCAGCAGUGGCGGCUCUGAGCCCCAGGUAGCAAUGCCACUUACAGACCUGUCCCCAGAUGAACAACAGGUGUCUCCCAGUGGGACUCUGGAAUAUGAACUGCCCUAGUUUUUCUUGUCCUUGGUUGUGAAGUGUCAUCCUAGUCAUGGUACCCUGUGCUGGCAGCAGAAGAAAGAACAGUCAGGAAGACACCCAAGGCCAGGCCCACUUCAGUGACCAGCCUCAUACUGCCAAAAUUGUUGAUGCUCCCGCAGGGGCUUCUUCCCAGCCUCCACCAAGCCUAUCCAGAGAGACAUGGCACGUGGAGUGGGAAGAAGGCAGUCAAACUGCCUACUUAAAGAUGAUGGCCUGGGUGAUGCUUUCAACCUUUUUUAGUGGUCCCAUUCCUUGGGAAAUGCCAUGGUGCCAAUCUGGAAGGUGCUAGCUAACUGAAGCCUUCUUGUUUCUCACAGCUGCUCCACAUACGUCCAUCCUGAGUAGGACCCAUUCUCUGUACUGACCUCUGUAGUCUAUUCUUGUUUCCUUUUGAACUUUACUUUCAUUGGUCUCAGCAUAUCAGUUGUUUUGAGAAGGAGCCUCAAACACAUCCUAGGCUGGGUUUGAUUCACAAUGUAGCAGAGGAUGACCUUGAACUCUUGAUCCCCCCCCACUUCCUGAGUGCUGCUAGGCCUCACUUCCUGCACUUUAUUGCUAAAGCCCCCCCAAUUUUGUCCAUAGUCAUCUGAAGGGCGGAGCCCACAGAUCAUUUUAAAUCUUUUUACUUCUCACAUCCACCCAAGUACUGUCAAUACAAUGGAAGCAAGGACCCCCACACCACAAGCUUUUCUCUUCCUAGCGUGACUUCACUCGAGUUAGUCUCUCUCAUCUUUGAGCCUUCCUUACUGGGGCAGAGUGCGGACACCACGAGAGGGUCCUGCUUCUCACGCCUUAGGUUAUUUCUUCCUCCUGACUUCAUUAUUUUUCUUUUUCUUCUUUUUUUUUUUUUUUUUGACAGGGUUUCUCUGACUUCAUUUUCUUGUGCAGUGUGUAGUCUUUCCCACUCCUGUCGGUUCUCCUCCCUUUCCCUUAGGCACCCUGUCCUGACUCCCACUUUCUUACCCGAAGUCAGAGACUAGAAUAGGCCAGUGGGCGCCCUUUUUUCCAAAACUGGAGAGCAAGACAGCUAGAAAUUUCAACCUGUUGGUCCAUAACCUAUUUUAGAAACUCGAAAAGACUGGAAAACAUGGGGAAGAAAAUGCACUUAAGCAUUUGAUAAAAAUGGACUAUUGAGGAUAUUAGCUGAGAAUAUUUACUGUGGCACUGUAUGAAAUUUUUGAAAUGUAAUUAAAAGUUUUUAUUGAGCCCCUAAA